GUUUCAGUUGUGUAGUCCUAACGGGUCAAUAACUUAUCGAUGUUGGAUCUUUUUCGUUCAAAAGGAGAAGCUAAAGUCAGUGAACACGCUUCAACGUCCUCAAAUACAUGGCUUGCAAAGAAGAAACACUUUCGCGAUACGGAAGAAUGGAAAGUCAAGAAAACACGAAUACUGAACAAGCUGAGAGCACUCUCCAAAAUCAACCUUGCACUUGUAUUAUCGCGUAUGCCGACGAUCGAAAAACUACCAGACAAAGUCUUACGAGACAUUUUCCAGUAUUUGUCGCCAAAACAGAUUAACCAAGUAGGACUUGUUUGCAAAAGAUGGAGGGUCACGUCUCAAAAUCCACUGCUUUGGAAGUUUGUUUCGUUCAGGCCAAAUUAUGGUGGAAUUCAGGUGAAUCCGCAAUGCAUAGACCACUUUAUUCAAUUAAUUGGAACUCGAUUUUCUGAGUUAAGAAUUGUGGAAUUGGCUACAGAUUUGAUCACGCCAAAUGUUCUAUAUGAGUUGGCAAAUAAAGCUCCAAAACUUCAAUACCUUACUCUGGAUUUUUCAACAGCCAUGCAGCUUCACGAUUUCACAGAUCUUCAAAGUUUCCCAUCUCGCUUAAAAUCGUUGACUCUUUGUCUCUCGGAGAACAUUUUUCUUGAGGGAUUCCUUCGAAAAGUGUACACUUUUAUUUCAUCUGUUGAAACGCUCCAUAUCAUUGGAACUUAUGAAAAAGUGGAAGAUGAAGAAGAGGAAGUUUACGAAACGGUGAACGUGUUCAAAUUGAAACAAUUUUUGCCAAACUUGCGAGUUGUAAAUCUAUGGGGAGUCCCAUUCAUAACCGAUGAACAUGUUGACGCAAUUUCAUCAAACUGUGCUCAUCUGGAAUGCCUGUGUGUAAACUAUUGCCCAAAAGUAACUGGAUCUUGUUUGAAACUAGUACUUCAGAGAUGCAGGAAACUGAAGACGCUAUUUCUUGCUCACACAAAACUCGACAACAACAUUGUCAAAAUGGUGGACUGGGAGAAAACACGCAUUGAAGAGCUUGACAUAAAAGGUACCGAACUAAAUUCCGACGCGCUUAUCUCAAUUCUCACUCGGCUCCCUCAUCUUCGUUGGUUGGACGCCAGUUGGUUGGAAUGCAUGACUGAUCAAGUAUUGGAAGCAUGGCAGAACUCAAAUGCAAUGGGAAGCCUGCAGUUCUUGAACAUGGAUACAUGUGAUUCGAUCAAUGAACAAGCGCUUGUUGACAUGAUCAAAAGACACGGGCACCAAUUCCACGGACUUUGUCUGGGAGGACAACACAAACUUCUUGAGUAUUUUUGGAUGAAUAUGAUCCCACAAUUGAGAAACAUUAGAGUAAUGGUUAUGGGAAUAGCUGAAGACUGCUGCCCAAAAGUGGUUGCAAAAAUCCAUGUUGAUCAAUUCGUCGACUGUAUCGCUCAGAAUUGUCCAAGACUGACCCGUCUUGAAGUGAGAUGGGACGAUGAAACUCUUAGAUUCUCAGACAAAUCGAGUAAAUUCAUUGACGUGCUCCGUAUGAAAUGUCUCAUGCUUCAUUCAAUUGUUCUUUCCGAUGGGCAAUACUAUGAACUGGUGCGUAGCAACUUUGAGAGGGCAGAUCGAAUGUCGGUUGUUAGGACAACAGAAAUGUGCCGUACUGGACUACUUCAUUGCUCCAGAUACUUCAAUAAACUUCUCUUUAACUGAACACUCUCACUUUUAUCCUUUUUUAUGAGUUUUAAAAUUGUAUGUUUAAAAUUUUUAUUUUCGAUGAUGCAUAGGUCAAAUUUAUAUGUAUAUGUAACUGUGAUUUCAUGCUGAUUAUUACAAUAAAAUGAUACAACUUAAUC